AUGCGUCUAACUACUGUACAUGACUUUACGAAAUGUGGGGAACUGCGGCCUGCCAAAAACUCUUCGUCGUCCCUAAAAAUUGAGGCACCCUUUCUCUCGGAAGGCAAGUUACCGGAGGGCGUUGCCUUGGCUGUCCACCGGCAGAAUGACGAUUGUUUUAGGCUAACUGUUGUGGUGAUGUCGCAGACCGUCGAACCCGAAGGAGUCCCUCCAUGUUCGUUGGCCUCCGAGCUAUGCCGCAGUUGGCGUCGGAUGGACAAAUUUCUGGCUACCUACGCGGCCAUCGAUUCCACGAGCGUCGCCACGGCCGUGGCGCUGGCGCAGCACGCCCACAUACGGACCUCCUCCUACGCACCCUGA